AUAAGGGGGUUAUAUACGUGGAAAUUAAGUUGAUCCUUGCCGCUCAAAUAACUUUCCCUCCUCUCCUUGUUUCUUUAUUUAAAGAUACUCUACCUAUCUAUUAAGAACUGCAGAGCCCUGUAAUAGUUGAUCAAAGUAUUGUUUGUUUGUUUUAAAUAUGGUGAGGGAUAAAGAGAUGGCGGAACAGAACCUGCUGGAGACCCUUUUGGUAGCUUCUGUGGUCCUGUCAUGCAAACUGUAUCUUUAGCGUUCCUCUGGGUUUUGUGGUACCUGAGAGAGGAAGAGAUCUGUUAGAGCACUUUCAUGGAUUGGAACACAUCCGCUUAAUUCUUGUGUUUAUUCAUGGGGCAUUUUAGGCCAGACCCUUGUGUAUGUUCAUGUAUAAGUAAAGCACAGCACAUUUUUAGGUAUGAAAAUCUGCCCGUAGCCUGCAGCUGUCACAGUUUUUGACCAGUGGAAUGGGCAAGAGGCUUGGUCAGAUGGAACUAGGGAAUGUCUUUAGGAGCUAUCUACAAGAGAAAUAAUGGUUGCUGAAGACUAAAAUAUAUAUAUUUAUAGUCAUUUGCUUGUUCACUCCGAGCUCUCCAAAAUCUGUCUUUGUAAAGUUUUAAAUGUUACCAUUAAAAAAAACAUACAUGAGUGUUGUUCUGAUGCUAGUUUCAACUAAAGAAUAGACCCAUUAAAUCAAUUCCUAGAUACUGUAUCAACAACCCUCUUGAGUCAUUUGGUUGGAACUAGCAAUGUGACAUUGGUGUAUAUACUUGCAUGCUAGUUUUUUUUUUCUAUUAUUGAACUCAGGACAGCCUGUGUAGGAUUCCCAAGCAAUCAGCCAAUCACUGGACUUAGACCUGCUUUGCUUCUAUAUGACUACACCAUACUAUCAAGUUAUGUACUAAUUUAUAUACCAUUUGCUUCGGUUGUCCUUCAGGGGCUUUCUAUGCUGGAUCCUAUUUAGUGUUAUUAAAAUUGAGAGAAAGCAUAAGUAGAAUUUUAAAAAGUUUUAGAAUUGUGUUUUCUGGGAACAAUGUAUAACAUUGUGCAGUCUAACAUUGUCCUCCCUGUGUGUAUUUCUUUAAAAUACCAUUAAAAUGGGGAUGGAAAGGGUCUCUUUGUUCUGUCUUCUCCAGAAUGUCACGAGUCUUAAGAGUUCAGGACACGAAUAUCAGAAAUGCAUACAGCAUGGUGCCUGGAAUCCUGAAGACUUUGCAAUAUGAAUAAUUCCUUGGAGAACACCAUUUCCUUUGAAGAAUAUAUUCGUGUGAAAGCUCGAUCAAUCCCCCAGCAUAGGAUGAAGGAGUUCCUGGACUCCCUUGCCUCCAAAGGCCCUGAAGCCUUACAGGAGUUUCAGCAGACCGCUGCUACCACCACUAUGGUAUAUCAGCAAGGUGGAAACUGUAUUUAUACAGAUAGCACAGAAGUGGCAGGAUCUUUGCUUGAACUUGCUUGUCCUGUUACAACAAGUGUCCAGCAGCAAACCCAGCAAGAGCAGCAAAUACAGGUGCAGCAACCCCAACAAGUUCAGGUGCAAGUGCAAGUUCAGCAAUCCCCUCAACAGGUCUCCACCCAGCAACUCUCUCCCCAGCUCACGGUUCACCAAUCAACUGAGCAGCCAAUCCAGGUCCAGGUCCAGAUCCAGGGCCAGGCACAGCAACAGGCAUCCCAGACAAUACAGGGUCAAGCACUUCAGAGUCCCAGCCCUUCUCAGUUGCAGGCGGCUCAGAUCCAAGUGCAACAUGUGCAGACUGCUCAGCAAAUCCAGGGUGCGGAAAUACAGGAGGAACAUAUACAACAUCAGCAGAUUCAGGCACAGCUUGUGGCAGGACAAGGUAUUGCUGGGGGCCAGCAGAUCCAGAUCCAGACAGUUGGAGCCCUUUCGCCUCCUCCACCUCAGCAGGGCUCACCACGGGAAGGCGAGCGAAGGAUCAGCACUGCCAGCGUCCUCCAGCCAGUAAAGAAGCGCAAAGUGGAUAUGCCUAUUACUGUGUCGUAUGCUAUUUCAGGGCAACCAGUUGCCACAGUCCUGGCCAUCCCCCAAGGUCAGCAGCAGAGUUAUGUAUCCUUAAGGCCGGACUUGUUAACGGUGGAUAGUGCCCACCUCUAUAGUGCCACUGGGACCAUAACCAGCCCUACCGGGGAGACUUGGACCAUCCCUGUUUACUCUGCACAACCACGGGGUGACUUACAGCAGCAAAACAUCACCCAUAUUGCCAUCCCCCAGGAGGCCUACAAUGCCGUCCACGUGAGUGGCUCCCCAACAACUCUGGCCACCGUGAAGCUGGAAGAUGACAAGGAUAAGAUGGUGGGAGGCACAUCAGUAGUGAAAAACUCUCAUGAGGAAGUGGUGCAAACUCUCGCCAACUCCCUUUUUCCAGCACAGUUUAUGAAUGGCAAUAUCCACAUUCCAGUGGCAGUGCAAGCAGUGGCAGGGACCUACCAGAAUACAGCCCAGACAGUUCAUAUAUGGGACCCGCAGCAACAACAGCAGCAGUCCACACCACAGGAGCAGGGACAGCAACAACAACAGCAGCUCCAAGUUACUUGUUCAGCUCAAACUGUUCAAGUUGCAGAAGUUGAGCAGCAGCCACAGCCUCAGCCUUCUCCCGAACUCCUCCUUCCACACUCUCUGAAGCCAGAGGAAGGACUAGAAGUGUGGAAGAGCUGGGCACAGACUAAAAACGCUGAGCUGGAGAAAGAAUCACAGAAUAGGCUUGCACCUAUUGGCAGACGUCAGCUGUUGAGAUUCCAGGAAGAUCUCAUAUCUUCAGCUGUAGCAGAAUUGAAUUAUGGACUAUGCUUAAUGACUCGUGAAGCUCGAAACACUGAAGGCGAGCCUUAUGAUCCAGAUGUUUUAUACUACAUUUUCCUAUGUAUUCAAAAGUAUCUAUUUGAAAAUGGACGAGUUGAUGAUAUCUUCUCUGAUCUGUAUUAUGUACGGUUCACUGAGUGGCUACAUGAAGUUCUCAAAGAUGUGCAGCCCCGGGUCACUCCUCUUGGCUAUGUUCUUCCAAGCCAUGUGACAGAAGAAAUGUUAUGGGAGUGCAAGCAGCUAGGAGCUCACUCCCCUGCCACCUUGCUGACUACUCUCAUGUUUUUCAACACAAAAUACUUCCUAUUGAAAACAGUAGACCAGCAUAUGAAGCUGGCCUUUUCAAAAGUCUUGAGACAAACAAAGAAGAACCCUUCCAAUCCCAAGGAUAAGAGCACGAGCAUCCGAUAUCUGAAGGCACUUGGCAUACACCAAGCUGGUCAGAAAGUUACAGAUGACAUGUAUGCAGAGCAGACGGAGAACCCAGAGAAUCCCUUAAGGUGUCCUAUAAAGCUCUAUGACUUCUACCUCUUCAAAUGCCCUCAGAGUGUGAAAGGCCGGAAUGACACAUUUUAUUUAACUCCUGAACCAGUGGUGGCUCCCAACAGCCCAAUCUGGUAUUCGAUCCAGCCAAUCAGUCGAGAGCAAAUGGAGCAGAUGCUUACCCGAAUUCUAGUGAUACGAGAGAUUCAGGAAGCUAUUGCUGUGGCAAAUGUCAGCACCAUGCACUAAGGCAUCCCUGCCACUCGGAAAAAGGGUGAAGAUGAUGGGGAAGGGUGGGAGGGCAGGCCAGGAGGGCCAGGAUCAGUUGUACAGCCUUUUACACUAAAGGAGAUGCCUAAGUUUGUUUUGUUUUGUUUUUUUUAAUUGGUGUAGGUAUGAAGCCCUUUUAGGCUUCUUCUGUUUAAAAAGAGACCCUUCCCAUUGUGUAUUUGACCCAACUGCAUCAGCCUUCUGGACACAUUGAGGGCUGCAUUCUGUCUUCGGAAACUGUGGGGUGCUGUAGGUUGGCUUGGGUUUUUUUAUGAUGUGGAUAAAACAAAUUUAAUUGAGGAACUUGGCUGGGCUGAGCCACACGUGUGGUGCCCAUGCACUUGGAAAGAGCAGAAAACAGUGGAGAAACAGUUAGCAGUUUCCUUGUGCCCACACUGACAUGUCCUGGAGGGAAGAGAAGAGUGUCCUGCAAUUACGAUUAAGAAGAAGAAGAAGAAAAUCAAUUUCUAUUAAAACCUUAAAAGUGACAUUUUUAGAUGUUAAGUGCAAACUACCACAGUUCUCUCUCUCUCUUUCUUUCUCUCUUUUUGGCCUGAUGUUGAGGCCUUAAAACCUUGAGGCUACUGUGCCUGAUGGAAUUCUUGUAACAUACACUUGUGUAUCAUAUAAAGAUACCACCCUGUUUCUCUUAUGUAUUCUUACGCUAGUUGUUUAUUAAGAAUGACGAGCACGUCUUUUCAACAUACUAUUGAACAACGUGUCUUUAUUUAUGAGAGCUUCAGAAAGGUUUGAUCACACUACAGACAGUGCUGCACCAAUGAGUGACACACUGGUUAAUUCUUAGAAAUUAUUUGCUGUUUGAUUGUUAUUUUCAUAGUAACUAACUGCAAAGUAUUUUUGGAUUAAGUGACCUUGGAAUGGAUACUACAAAUAAUUGAGACAAAGAAAAUUCCCUUUUCAAAUUCCCAAACAGAGAAACAGACCUGUUAUAGAUGUACAUAUUAAAUUAGGAUUUAGAUUGUGUUAGCUUGUGUUCCUGUGGUCUGUUUACAGACUUUCUGCUUGGAUUUGGCAUUGCCUGUGAGAACUGGUUUUAUUUGUGGGCUGGCCAAUUCGUUAGAGAGUAUUUCUGUUUCAUUGCAACAAUUGCAUAUAACUUUAAAUUGGAGAAAGCUAGGAGCAUGUCAUUCUGCAACUCAUUUCCUCUCUAUUUUCCAUAAUAAAUGGCCUGUGGCAGAUGAUUUUGAUUUACAGUGACUGAAAUCUUGUUGCUUACCUAGUUAGUGGCAGCUGGAGUUGGCCUAUUUAAUCAGAAGGGAUAUAGUGAGUCAGCUGCUCUAAAUUAUGCUGAUCCAAUGGACCAACUCUUGUUGUGACUUACUACACUGAAGUAAGUAGCAACUAGAGUAGGGCUAUUUGAAUAAAUGGAACUGACAGAGGAGCUGUCCCUACUGAUUCUCACUGAGCCUGACUCCGUUAUGACUUGCUACAUGGCAACAGGAUUUCAGACAUUCUUUCAGUAACACAAGUUGGAUCAUGGCAAUUAUAUGCUAAUUCUGUCCUAGUGGAAGUUUUGAUAUUUAGACAGCUCUUGAUUGGCUAGAAGCUAAAAACUGAAUGGUUUUUGUAAUACAGCAUUGAUUGUCAGUUCCUUCCCUUUUAGGCAGAGGGUGGUAACAUGUGACUGAGGAGAAUGGGUGUGGGGGUCAGAGUUUUUAUAAAACUGUAGUUGCUAGCAGAAAAGGCUUUCCAACCCAGUUCCUGAACUGAGUGUAAACAAGGGCAAUUGGUAACAAUGCAGACUGGGAAAGAAAGGAAAGUCAGUGCAAGUAUCUUUCCUACUUAAGCAGAAGAAUAGACUAUCAGGAAAGAUAGAAAAUGUGACAAUCUCACCAAACAGUGCUUUUUCUCUUCAGAAAAAUUACUGUCCAGGGCUCGUCUAUACUUUUCAUGAUAAGAGUAUACUAUAUCUUGUGCCAUACAUAGGCUGAAAUCCUUUUGCUUAGCAUAGUAAGUCACAACUAGAGUAGGCCCAUUGAAUCAGUGGAAUUUACAUAGGAGUUGACUUUCCAGAUCCUACUAUUCAGUGGGCCUAUUCUAGUAGUUAUGAUAUCCUGUAUGAUAUGGUGAAUAGACUUAUGGACUGGGACUCAGGAGGCCCAGGUUGAAUCCCUGCUCAAGUAUGGUAGCUCACUGGGUGUGUGGAAGUGGUAAAAUCUCUCCUAAAAUAUCUCAUACCUUGAAAGCCCGAUUAGGGUUGUUUUAAGUGAGUUCUGACUUGAUAGCGCAUAACAUAACAAAUUCUGGUUGUUGGUAUGUGAAGCAACAGGAUUCCAGCAAAGGGGUUCUUAAUGCCUCUUUUACGUCUGAAGUUCAAAUCAGAUUAAUUCAUGUGGUUGGAUAGAACCUUAUUCUUCCCAAAAUGUUUUGUAACAGAUUUAUGUCAAUAUAUGAGGCUAGCUAUAUUGCACAGUUUAAUUGGAAUGUAAAUAUAGAAUAUUUAGAUGCUAAAAUACAAUUUGUUUUGGCAGAAUUCAAAACAGCAAUGGCAUUAUUUUCUGCCAUUCCACUGUAUUUUCUUCAGGUUGUUUAACUGAAAUAAUAAGACUCUUGCUUCUUACCUAAACCUUCCCCCAAGAACUAUCUCUGUAAAGGUAGAGGGAAUACAGAUGUAAAGUGUCAUGCAAAUGACUGUUGUUGCAAGGCAGCUUAGCCAUGCAAUUAUUUUCACCUGGGGGUGGGGAACUGGCCUUAAGUCAUAGUAUAAAGUUGUAUGAAAUGAAAGAGUCAAAGUGACCUUUGUAGAAAUCUCAACUAAGGUGGAACUUAAAAGCAGAGUUUUAAAAGAAUAUUGUAUGUGUAUUUACUUCAAAAUUGCCACUUCUUGUUGUUUAAAAAAAUCCCCAAGCAGUUUACCAUAGAAACAAACAGAAUAACAUCAGUAGAUUACAAGCAAAAAAGAAUCCAUUGAGAUGGUUAAUUAUAAACCUGGAACACAAAAUAAAACAAAAGCAAAAAAUAAAGAAGACAGACGUGACACUUUAAAGACUGCUAUAUUUUAAUGUAAGCUUUCAUGGAAUAAGUCAUUUCUUCAGACAAAGUAUAUACAGAGUGAGAUUUUGUGUUUCUGGUUGAUACACUUGCGAAGACUAAGUGUAACUUCAAAAACUUUUUAAAACAUGGGUCACUGACACUGUAACAC